AUGCCACAGAUAUCUAUUUUAAACAUGGUCGGCAAUCCAUCAAUCGAGCGAAUCGAGGCGCUUCAUAUCGAUAAAUCUGGCGAAAUUCAAUUGCUGAAACGAGUCGACCUUUUGCUUAUGUGCUUUAUGGACUUGACUUUCUAUCCUUUCGACAGUCAGGAAUGCCCAGUUUCGUUCUACUCCGACGAGAGCAAACUGGACGUCGUUGCGGUCUCCUCUUCCUUAAUUCACGAGUCUCCAGCUGGAUUCAGAAUCGCCACGAUUUCCAACCGAAAAACGAGCAACCUGACUAGUGCGCCUUGCCAUACGCGCCGUUUCAUGCAGGAAGUCGACUGCUCUGAACUAUUCAUGCUUCUUGAGAGGCGAUACAGUAUAAAUAUCAUCUUCCAGUUUUUGCCAAGCUUUCUUUGCGUGAUUGUUAGCUUCUUCGCGUUCUGGAUAAAAGUCGAUCACGUUCCUGCUCGUGUCACACUCGGCGUCACCACCUUUCUUGCGAUUCUUGGACAGUCGCAGUCUAUCAACUCGAGCAUGCCAAAAGUAUCAUAUCUCAAAGCUCUUGACGUCUGGCUCAUCGUCUGUAAUAUUUUUGUCUUUGGCACCAUGAUCGAAAACACUGUUGCUCAAGUCUUGCUCAGAAAGAAACAGCGGCAGUCGUCAGGAAUAAUCGAAAACUUACGUCCGUCAUUAUUGAUGGCCGCGAAUGCACUAGCUGCUAUUCCGACAGGGAACAUGGACUGCGAUAAAAAUGGCUCCGAAAGCUCUAGGUCCUCAGAGAAACAGGGAAAACACGUUGAGAAUUAUACUUUGAUUUAUGAUGGUGAAAAACAAUUCGCUCGCUUCCGAAAUGAAAAAGAGAAGACAGAUAUUAGUUUGAUACUGCUAUCCAUACUCUGCAAAAGUCUGACUGCAGUGAUAUUAAUAAUUACGAGCAACGAAUUUGGCAAUCAGAUCGUUUAUGCACUCCUCGCCAUACUUGGAUUCAUUUACGUCAGCGUCCGACUGUUUUUAAGUUUGUUCUCUAAGAAGACAAAGGGAAGGGCUUGUUAUUUGCCGCUUUGA